CCACCUUACUAGCGGUGUGGUGCGGUCUCACAGACGUGUUUCAAACGUGAUCUGCUCCGGUUGUUGUUUGCUAACGUAUUCAAAAUGAGCCAGCCCGAUCACCCUGUCGCUGUGACGCAGUACGGCCCAGUGCGAGGCGUGAAGAAAACGGCCGCCACCGGUGUCGAGUACUUGAACUUCCAGCGUAUACCUUACUGUAAACCACCGAUCGGUGAGCGACGCUUUAAGGAUCUGGAGCUGCCAGAGCCAUGGACGGAGCCGCUGGACUGCACCCAGCAGGGCCCCAGUGGAUAUCAGUUCAACAAGUUGCUGAACAAGAUCGUGGGCAGUGAGGAUCACCUGUACAUGAAUGUGUACACGAAAGAGCUCAAACCGGCAAAAUUGCGCCCGGUAAUGCUUUGGAUUCAUGGGGGCGCUUUUAUGCGCGGCUCAAGCGGGACCGAAAUGUACGGACCGGACUAUCUCAUCGAAAAGGACAUUGUGCUGGUUACGUUCAACUAUCGCAUUGGAGCUUUCGGAUUUUUGUCCCUCGAUUCGAAGGAGCUUGGUAUACCCGGAAAUGGUGGUUUGAAGGAUCAGAAUGUGGCACUUCGCUGGGUGCGCGACAACAUCGCACAGUUCGGUGGCGAUCCCGACAAUGUGACGCUGUUCGGUGAGAGUGCCGGUGGUUGCUCGGUCCACUACCAUAUGGUAUCGAGCCAAUCGAGACAGUUGUUCCGGCGGGCGAUAGUGAUGUCGGGCUGUACGUUGAACAACUGGUCUACGGUGCCGAGACGCGGCAUGGCGGAAAGGUUGGCCAAAGCGCUCGGUUGGAACGGGAAGGGAGGCGAGGCGGAAGUGCUGAAGGUGCUGAGAGCAGCACCGGCCGAGGAGAUCAUUAAGCAUCAGGAUCUGCUACUAACUCCGAAUGAACUGGAAAACCGUAUCCUAUUCGCUUUUGGUCCGGUGGUGGAACCGUAUGUAACGGAAAGCACUUUCAUUCCGAAGGCACCACUAGAAAUGUGCCGUGAGGCAUGGAGCAACGACAUCGACAUACUGAUCGGGGGCAACUCGGAGGAAGGAUUGUUCUGCUUGAGCUCCAUUAAGGAAAAACCCGCCAUAAUGGAUAAUCUCAAAAACUUCGAGUAUCUCGUACCUACCGAGCUAGAGCUGGUGCGUGGAUCACAAACAUGCCAGCAGUAUGGGCUGAAGUUGAAAAAGUUCUACUACGGUGAAUCCCAACCAUCGUUCGACAAUCGGGACGGCUAUUUAACGCUCAUGACCGAUAAGCUUUUCUGGCACGGGUUGCACCGUACCGUCUGCUCGAGGAUCAGCUCCCAAACGCCGGCCAAAACGUUCGUCUACCGGUUUGCAGUGGAUUCGGAAACGUAUAAUCACUAUCGCAUCUAUUUCUGCGAUCGUAACGCUCGCGGUACCGCCCAUGCGGAUGAUCUUUCGUACCUGUUUAAGAACGUGUUCAGCCCGGUGCCGAAUGUGGGCACGAUGGAGCACAGGACGAUGCAAACGCUGGUCGAGUUGUUUACUAACUUUGCGACCGUGGGCAGCCCGAAUGUUGGCGGCAGUGUUGGCGACAUAUGGCAACCGGUCGGUGCAAAGGUGGAGCCGUACAAGUGUUUAAACAUUAACAAUGGUGGUGUGAGCUUUAUCGAUUUGCCGGAAAUGAGACGCAUGCAGCUGUGGGAUUCGUUGUAUAAACGGGAACAGUUGUAUUAAGAGAGGUAAACCCUUUAUACGGUGCUGGUAGUACAGUUUGAUUGCAUCUUUAGUAGCUUACUAAAUAUCGUAGUUAUAUUUUUUAUUAAAUUGAUAAAUCAAAUUAUUAAAUUUUUCAUGUAUGUCGUUGUUGGUUGGUUUAAAGAUAAAUUUACAAGAAACUUAAACAAUUGUCGACAUAUAGAACGUAGAAGUGUUCGAUUGAACACUAAAAUGCUACAAAGGAAUUAUGCGUUAUCGAGUUUAUCAAAAUAAAACAUCGAUUUCCUUUUUUUACGUUAA